AUGUCUGUUGCAGAUAGGCCAAGUAAGUUUUCACCAUGUUCUCCCAAAAUUCACCAGAUCAAGUGGGACACGUCGUUACAGAACCCGGCUACAAGAAAGCUUGUCAAUGAAUCUCAUGCAAUAUUUCUCACUCUUCAGAAAAUAGCCACGGAAGUCAAAGAUAAUGCCUUAAAAGAACAACUUGUUAAGAUAAGCCGCAGAUACCGGUCUGUGCUUAGUGCUUGUGUAGAAAACCUUCAAAAUGAUGCUGAUUCUGCCCAUGAUGGUGAAAUAAAAAAUGAAUAUAUUUUACAGAGUGAAUUGUUUUACAAACUUGAACUGAUAUGGAACUUGUGUGAAAUUCUUUUCAUUGACAUUAAGCCAGGUGGUGUUAUCCUGUGCCAGUUACUAGAAUGGAUUCGACUUCAUUUCACAGAGGGCGACAGAAAAAUGGAAGUUGUUUUGGAGCAGGAAAACCCGUGGGAACAACAAGAGGCCUGGGAUGCUGUCUUCUGCUUCGUAUUUCAAGGGCGUACAGAGGAUGCUCGAAAGCUACUUCAAACUCAUCCAAAUUCAUCACGUGAUGACUUCAGCAGCAUGGAUGAGUUAUUAAGAAAAAUGCCAUUUUAUCAGUCUGUUACCACCUGUUCUCUUACCGAGUUCAAGCUUAGAUGGCAUCACUGGCAGGAUGAAUGUGUGCGCCGUCUUCAAGAUGGAGAGUUUGCUGCAGUUGACGGACUUGAGGCUACUUGUAAGAUCCUUUGUGGUGAUUGGGAGAUGUUCCAAGAGCUGAGUGAGCUUUGUGAAACCUGGUAUCAUUUGAUGGUUUCGAGAUUGCUGUAUACUGACCCUACUGUCAAAGCUCAUGACCUCUUUAGUAUAGCUCAGGAAUGUACCACUAUGUUUGACUCAGUUAAUCAGAUGACUCAUCUGGACAACACCCUAUUGGCAGCUAUGGAGUUCGAUCUUCAGCAAGUCAUUCGAGAAUGUGGGCUUUACCUUGACAGCUGGUGGUUUGUGGCCCAUCUUACAGACCUGUUACAUCAUGGGGGUCAGUUAGACCUUCAACAACUCAGCUACUCUAAAAAUCUCCGAGAAUUUCAGCUCAUAGACUAUGCAUCUUCCUUAAUGACUCAUCAGAGGUAAGAAGAUUCAUUCUGAC